UAGUCAUCGAUGAAAGUCAUCAGGAGCAGCUAAAGGCUCUCGACCAAGAAGUAAAUGAGUUUGUGGACUAUAUGUUUGGAGCUAGAGAUCCUAGGGUCCGAGGAUGGCUCAUGCUGGAUUCCUACCUACCUACCUUUUUACUGACUGUCGGAUAUCUGCUCUUGAUAUGGCUUGGCACCACAUUCAUGAAGAACAGGCCUGCUUUUUCACUCAGGGGUCUCCUUAUUGUAUAUAACCUGGGAGUCACGAUGCUUUCAUUGUACAUGCUUGUAGAGCUAAUUCUGGCCUCUUGGGAAGGAGGUUAUAACUUGCAGUGUCAGAACCUCACCAGUGCGGGAGAAGCUGACAUUCGGGUGGCCAAGGUGUUGUGGUGGUAUUACUUUUCCAAAGUAAUUGAAUUUGCUGACACUAUUUUCUUUGUGCUACGGAAGAAAAACAAUCAAAUUACUUUCCUUCAUGUUUAUCAUCACGCCACUAUGUUUAACAUCUGGUGGUGUGUCAUGAACUGGAUACCAUGUGGACAAAGUUUCUUUGGACCCACCUUGAACAGUUUUAUUCACGUCCUCAUGUACUCCUACUAUGGUCUGUCUGUGAUUCCAUCCAUGCGCAAGUAUUUGUGGUGGAAGAAAUACCUCACGCAGGCACAACUGAUACAGUUCCUGCUCACCAUUACACACACCCUCAGUGCCGUCGUGAAGCCCUGUGGAUUUCCGUUUGGUUGCCUGAUCUUCCAGUCCUCAUACAUGACCACACUGGUCAUUCUGUUUGUUAACUUUUAUGUUAAGACGUAUCGGAAAAGACCUUCAAGGACGGAUACGAAAGACGUCUCUCUGGUGACCGAAAUAAAGAACGGGUUCCACAAAGAGUACAUAACGGCAGCUAAUGGUGCUCUGAACAAUAAAAAAGCACAAUAAGUAGAGUAAUACUUUAAUAGUACAUUGUAGUCUACAAAAUUCCUCCCACACUGUUUCUUCCUUAAAAAGACGGAGAGCAAUCCUAAGCGGGUCUACUCAGAAGUAAGUCCUGUUUUAUUUAAUGGGAUUUACUCCCAGGAAAGUGUUCUUAGGAUUGCAGCCUGAGUUGAUCAUUCGAUUGUGCGCAGCUUUUAGGACAACCUUUGUCUCAGUUUGAUUACAUUUAGCUCGCUCCCAGGUGUUUAACUCGCUGUCGCUUAAGGUUAAAAAGGCAAAGUAGGUUCUAAUACUUCGAUAAAAACCACCAGUAGAUUGAUGUGUCGGGGCGGCUGCUGUUACAAUCCCUAUCGCUCAGCCAAAAAACAAUGCCACAUUUAAUCUUAAACGGGGCAGAGCGCCUGACACAAUUCUUGCUUCAGAAAAAUUAAAAGUGUGGUUGCAUUUUGUGCUAGCGUUCUACCAUUAGGAUUUUAUUUAGCCUGUGGGCUGCUUCAUUCAUCCUUAGUUCUUCUGUCACACAGCAGUAAUAUCAGUGUUAGGCAAAGCAGGUACUUUAUUUCAUUUGCAAAUUGCUUCCUUCCCCCCAUUCCAUCACUGGACUGAUUUGGUGCGGGGGGGUGUCCCCAACCUAUGUGCCCAUGACACUUUUUACUGCCACUGCUGUGUGUCCCAGAAUGGUUUCCGUUACAGCAAAAGGGCAGGAGUUGACUGACUAAGGCCAUGUUACGCUUUUACUACAAGUGAGUGCCAAUGGAGGCAUCAGCUUUGCAUGGUCUGCCAUGAAAACUAACAAACAGUGGCAUCCACUCCCCUUUUAAAAACUGCAGGAGGUUACAAGUGAACAAGCAUAUGGGCUCUGCAAUCUGCCUCUCAGCAAAAAUGUCUCAUGCACCAAAUCUUGUAUGCCCGAAACACUGCGAUUGUUAUUAUUGUGACAGUUGAUGGUAACAUCAUUCGUUGCCUUUUUGCCCUCCCGUUCCCUGGCUCAGAAAGGUACAGUCCACGUGAUGGUAGAAAACAAGCUUGCUAGAAAAGUAUUUGUUUAAAAACAGGGGGAAAGGAUUCAAAAAGUCACAAAACCUAAUAGCUUAUACAUUCCUAACAGCAGCACAUUCUGGCUCCUGGUUUGCCCUCUCUCUCUCUCUCUUUUUUUUGCUCAUAGAAGCAUACGAUGCACAUACAGGUUUCCCACAAAGAGGGCUGAAAUCCAUUUGGCUGAGAGACUGCCUCCGACUUUUAUAAGCUCUUCCCCUCUGAGGUCUUCCUUCCAGCAUUUACUAUACCUACCUUAGGGUUGGUUGUCAUUAGUGCAGCUUAAGGCUAGGGGUGGUGAGAAGUCAGAUAUCGGUAACAGGAGGCAGUGACGGGCUGGCUGCUGUGUGAGACAGGGGGCUGGGGGCCUGUCUGGCAUUACCAGCACCCUGCAUAAUGUCGUAUAACACAGCCUUCCUUCAAACAGUGCUUCACAGCUACUGGACGCCAGCUUCACUUCCUGUUUAGUUAAGGACUGCUUCCGGAAGUGGACAGGGAGCCGUCUGUAAGCAGCAGCCCAACUAACGAAGCUGGCCAGGUGGGCUUACUUGGAAAAAAAUGCGGGGCUAGCUCGAACUGUCAGCACCACCAGUAGCGAUGGCUGUUAGUGCUGCGGCCGAGCCAGCUCAGCUGUGUCGCCCCAGGAUAGUGUAACAAAAGAAGUACAGAGAUCACCAUUCCACGAGCAUUAACUGCCAUGCUGCUGUCACAACUGUGGCCGGAGCAAGGUCAGCCACUUUAGCCAUGGGUCCCACCUGCACACCAAGCAGAACCCAAGUUCUUCAUGUUCCGUCUCCUCCCUUCAUACGCUUCUUCAUAAAAAUAUUGGGCGGGAGAGAUGAUCAUUGGGUUCCAAACCACCCACCCAAAGUAGGACCAUCUAUCCGUUAAGCCCAGCCUCAGCCACACUUGUGUAUCCCAUCUGCCACUGGGUUGCACAAGGUCAUAACGAAAACGGAGGACGGCUGCAGAGAAGCACUUGCAGAGCCAACAGUAAACAAAUAGGGCUCAUGCAGGUAAGACCCCAGUGGAAGACCUCAAAGUGUUAUCUUUGCAAAUAAUAAAGUAAUGCAUCUGUGGGUUGUAGGGCUGGCUCAGCUAUGCACUUGCUGGCCUUUAUGGGGUGUUUUUGCUUUGCGAAGUGCUUGAACGGCUGGUUAUUUGGCCAGCUUGACUAUCCCCACGUUGUAGAGAGGGAAAGCAAGGCUGAGAAAGAACGGCUUGGCCAAGCGCACGUCAUGAGGCCAGUGCAGGGCAGGGGCCUUGGACCCAGCUGGGCCAUUCAGCUUUCCAGAUCUACACCAACAACAGCACUCAGGGAGUUUCCCUUUCCCUUGUGGCUCUAACUCAGAUUCUGUACAGCCAAUUGAUGGCCCCCACUGAAGAUAGCAUAGAUGAGAAGGUUAUAGAAGUAUGGAGUAUUAAGAAGGAAAUAAUUCUGGCUGGAGCCCAGGAACCAGCAAGCCACAUCUGUCUCUUAAUGUUAAAAAAAACACCCUAUAUGACUGCGAUCCAAAGCAGUUAUCAAUGGGAUUUACUCCUAGGGAAACUUGUCUAGGAUCAAGCUGCCAGAUAUACUUGCUCCAUUUU